GGAACAGGAAACACAGGCGGAGUCGCAGCAGGAGCACAGAGCGUGCUAAAGCAUGAAGAGACUGAACAGAGGAGGCUGCUGACAUAGCAAAAUAAUAUGUCUACUCCGGGGACAGGUAACUAUUUGCUAUUCAAACACUCAUGUCUUUCUCACCUGUCAUACGAAUUUAUAAGUCUAGUUGACGUUUCUCUGCUUAUGUGUAAUAAAGUGCCGUCUUGUAUCUAUUCAAAUGGCCACUGUAGCAUAGUGUCAUACAAAAAAACAAAAAACAAUAGUCCCUGAUUGUGAGGCGGAUACUAUGAAUAAGAAAUGCUGACUGAAGGUUUCAAAUAUCCUUAAAGAGUCAGCGCCAAUGAUUUUGUCAUCAUGUCUGAAUGUACAAGCAAUUGAUGUCCUUGCAAGCCAUGGUACUAACUCUUUUUGUUGCACUAUUUUCCUGAAAGAGACCCACUUCUUCUUGAAACAGGCACGAAAGAGAGAGCCGGAGAAGCCGUCCAAAUCGCACAAGCAAGCGGACGAGCACCACCACGAGAGGCUCUCUGCCGAGGACGGCGACAAGAGGUCGCGGCGCAAAGACAGGAGGUCCUCCAGGGGUCGCAGCUCGUCCCGGUCGCAUUCGCGAGAGAGGCGGCACCACAGCAGGAGCAGGGACAGGCGGCGCUCGUCACGAUCGCACAGCCGCGACAGGAAGAGGAGGCCUCGCUCGCGGUCGCGCUCCAGGUCCAAACACCGUUACCGUAGCGGGAGCAGGAGCAGGUGCAGGGAGCAAAGGAAAAAGAGCGAAAAGGUGCGCAAGAGGAGUCGAAGCGGCUCCGCUAAUCCGCCCAUCUUCCGGGGCCGCAACACAGCCAUGGACGCACAAGAGGCCCUAGCCAGAAGGUUAGAGCGAGCCAAGAAGCUCCAGGAGCAGAAGGAGUUGUCAGAAAAACAUCAGCAGGAGGUUAUCGGAGCAACCUCUCCGGUGGCCAUCGCAGCCACCCCGACGACUGUCUCGGCCGUGGCCGCCGCGUCCAACCACGCCCUCAACGUGGCCGCCCUGCUGGCGUCGGGCACCCAGGUGACGCCGCAGAUCGCCAUGGCGGCGCAGAUGGCGGCGCUGCAGGCGAGGGCGCUGGCAGAGACGGGCGUUGCCGUGCCCAGCUACUACAACCCGUCCGCUGUCAACCCUUGCAAGUUUGCUGACAAGGAGAAGAAGCGCAAGAAGCUGUGGCAGGGAAAGAAGGACGGGGACAAGUCCCAGACGGCCGAGUUGUGGGAGAAUCUCAACUUUGGCAACAAGGACCAAAAUGUCAAAUUUCGUAAACUAAUGGGCAUUAAGGGUGACGAGGAGGGUGAAGCGUCCAGACCACUCAACGACGAAGGGCUGAAGACCCUCCAGAAGCAGGAGGAGGUGUUCCGCAAUCUGGACGUGCAGUACGAGAUGGCACGAUCGCAGACACACACCCAACGCGGCAUGGGCCUCGGCUUCUCCUCCGCAUUUUCUCGUGGAAUGGAUUCUUUCUAGGGGUCUGUGUGGGACUUUGUAAUUUAUUCCUCCAGGAUGGUGUAAAUAAGAAGUCCUACCGAUGCAUACAUGGCUCAAAAUGGACAACGCUGCGGUAGUAUUAUUAUUAUUAUUUUUUUUUUUUUUUUUACACGUGCAAAUUGAAACUUCAGUAAUCCUCAAAAAGUUUGGAGUAUUGGCCUUUUGGGUAAACCUUGAAUGCACUGCAACCUGGUUGGCAAAUAGAGACUUUUUAAAAGGCACAGAAGUCCUUGGAAAUGUUGAGUUGAUUUCUGAUUUCAAACACGUUGUGAAUUUAUCCAACAUGCGGCAAAAGAGUGGAAAUACUGAAAUGUUGGACGUGAAUGCUGAAGUCUCCAGAAGGUCAAAUUAAGUUUACUUGAAAAGAUUUGUUCCGAAAGCCCAAAGUCGUUUGGGAAAAGAAUGACGUGUGACCUGUUUAUAGCCUUAACACCCAUUCAAAUCUCAAAACUGUUUGGAGCGGGGGGGAGAGCCCCUUAAAACAUUUCAACCCACAAAUACUAAUUCUAUAGAAUUUGUUUGCAUGUAGCAUUUGAAUUGAUUUAAGUUGGACUCUAAAAAAUGCUCCAUUCUUUCCAAGAGUGCCACACGCAAACACAAGAGGCGAUUUCAAACCUAAAUAAAUGACUGUUGGAAGGCUA